AUGUUGCUCUGCUUUCAUCUUGGGCGCGUGUCAAGGGCACUUUUGAGCUCCUCUGUGUGUGUGGUUUGUGGUUUGUGGUGCUUCUCACUUAGACGCCGUGAUAUGAGCAAGGCACAAAGGCAGAUCGCAGCGGGCCUUAACGAACAUAUCCGCUGCCUUUCCACGAGGCGGUCCCUCGACAACCGCGAUGGCUUUGACGAUGAGAUGGAUGAAUUGAACAAGGUGGAUCACCGUGUUGGGACCAACCUUGAUGAAUUCUAUACCGCCUCGCUCGCCACAAACUCAGCCAAAAACCGCUUUAUCGAAGUGCGAGCGAAUGAAAGUACACUCGUGCAGAUCUCACCACUGAGAAAGGACGAGGGUGAGGCAUACAUUAACGCAAAUUAUGUGGACGGACGGAAGUUGUUCGGAGUGCCUUUCACUUACAUCGCGACACAGGCCCCACUUCAAAAUACUGUUUUUGAUUUUUGGCGAAUGAUCUUGGAGAAUGACGUGGGAUUUAUCGUUAUGUUAUGUGGAGAAAUUGAGGAUGGGAAAGUGAAGAGCGAGAUGUACUGGCCAAGGAAAGGAAAGGAACUGGAUUUUGGCGUCUUGCGAGUAAGGUUGCUGAGUGAAAGUCGGGUAUUUGAUUUGGUGUUUCGCACACUUGUCAUUCAUACUCCGCGUGGCGAUGAGCGGCAGGUGCUACACCUUCAGUAUGUUGGUUGGCCUGACCAAGGCAUCCCGGAGACGAGCGCCCCUCUCAUGGAGAUUAUACAGACCAUGGGGAAGUCGGAGUGCAGCGUUCAGGCCCCUAUUGUGGUUCACUGCUCCGGGGGUAUCGGCCGCACAGGGGUGUUUAUUGCUAUGCAUGUGGCGCUUGCUCAAUUUCAGCUUGAGCGAAAGGACAUUGACAUAAAGGAAAUCGUUCACGCUUUAAGGCUGAGUCGGAGCGGGAUGGUGCAGCGAAAAGAUCAGUACAUUUUCCUUUACUACAGCGCGUUGCGUGAAAUGGAUCGGAUGAUUUUGUCGGCUGAAAAAGGGAUCAACCUGCUUAGGUUGCGGCGCCGCGAAAUGGCACCUGGAGGAGUUGGGUCUGGAGGUCCGCAUGUCAUUGAGCCCGCCGCGCCCCUCCCGCAGGCGCCUCUGACGGAGCCGCCGUCUUUUCCGCCGCCCGUUCACACGGACCACGCGUAUGCGCGGGCGCCGCCUCAGGCCCAAGAGGGCAACAGCAGGACUCAAGGAGCCUACCUUUACGGCCGGACACGCGCCGCUGGGAUGACGGGGGCUGAAGAACAAAUGUUGGAGAGAUACCGGCAGCAACAACAGCGGCAGCAGCAGCGAACCAUAGCAAUGCAACGGGCAGCAACCAGUCAUAGCCACGGCCCGCGCCAGCAUCAACCACCCGCGGAAGAUUUCGCGAGGCCCGACGAGCCCGGACAUGAGAACAAUGAUGGGCUACUCUUUUCCCCGCGCGACGAUGCCAAGUUAGAGGAGCAAUUGCGGCAGUGGCGCCAAAAAAACAGGAGCAAGCGGUUUUCCACCGGCGGGCGUGACGGUGCGGGGCCCCGGCGUGCUGCGGUGGCUCCCCGUGUUUCGCAGAGCCCUUCGCCCGUGGAAAGCCUCGCCACGGAGCGAGGGCGCCCCCGGGACGGGCAAAGCCCGCCAGAGCACCAGCGCGCG